AUGCAAGGGAUGUGGGCACUUUGAAAAGGGUUGUCAGGAUGUGAAAGACAUGAGGCAGAUCAAGGAGAGCAUAGGCAGAGAAGCAGAGGUGGUAGAGAGGCAAAGAUUCAUGAGUACACAGGUCUAUUACUGCCAAGCAUUAAUAAAGCCUGAUAUCAUCAUAACAAGUAUUGAUUGUACAAGACAGAUUAUAACUAUGCAAUAUCAGAGAGGGGUAAUGACAUCAAGAGAGGAGGCUGAACUUGAAGUAGCAGAAGGUGAGAGUAA